AUGCCAGAUGAAGCCAUUUCCUUUAUUCGGGAAUAUAUGCUUGAUCUCGAUAUUUGUAAAUGUUGUAUCAUCCGGUUAACUAAUGGUCGCUGUCAACAAAUAGAUUUACUCAAUGUCUUUCAUUCACAAGCAUAUCCUGAUGAGUUUAUAUGUAAACUUUGUUUUGGCCUGUUGCAUAAUCCUUAUUUAUGUGAUAUUCCACGAAAUCUUAAUGAAUCACAAAGUGAAGUGGAAUUUACCAAUGAUGAAUUUGAUAAAUAUAUUUUGCUCUAUUUAUAUAAGGAGUUAAAUGGAUCCCAUUAUCAAUAUACAGCAUAUCAACUUCGGGUCACUGAACCGAUCAAUAUUAUGCUACGUGAACAAUUUUUAUGGGAUGAAUUAAUUUGUAUGUCGACUAAUCAUGUAAACAAUAAUUCGAAUAGUAGCACUAUUGAGAAAUUGAAUAAUCUACAGACGAAAUUCACUAAAGAUGAUAUCAAUGCAUUGAGAUCAUAUGCUAUUCCAGUAAAAACUGCAUGGAAAUGGAUUGUAGAUGGAAAGUUAUCAUCUUUACUGAAAGUUCCAUUGAUUUACUCUCUACGUGAUGAUACAGAAUUAAAAUUAAUUAAAACCAAUGAAUUAAAUAUUAACAAUUCAAAUUGUGAUCAAGAAUCCAAUAUUAUUUGUUUAACUAUAGAAUUUUCAAAUUUCUUGAUACAAUUAGAUUAUGAUGAAUUUUUGAGUUAUUUAGAACAUUCUCCAUUAAAUUCUAUACGUUCUUGGCUUAUACGUUUAAAAAGUGUUAAAAUACCACGUAAACGUUCAAGAUUUCAUUAUGAUAAAGAAUUAACAACAAAAACAUUUUCUUCUCAAACAUUAAAUUAUAAUAAAAAUUCAUUGAUUAUCAAUCCUUCAUCUGUGAUUAAUAUUGGUUAUACUUUGCCAAAUUUAUUACAUUUUUCUCGAGGACUUUUAACAGAACUUAUUCCUUUAUUAAAAGAUAAUUGUUUACAAUCAAAUUAUUUAAAGAGAAUUUCUUCAAGCAAUUGUUCACUUGCAUUCAUAACAUCUUUGAAAAUAUUUCGAAGUAUACCACUUUAUUUGGCUGGUCGUUAUGUGAAAUUAAGUCGACGUUUGCCUCAAUCCCCAUGGAUAAUUGGAUCACAGCGUAAAUUAGAUUCAUCUGUUGAAGAACUUAUCACUCAAUUAAUAUUACCUCGAUUUGGUGCAAAUUCUCAAAGUUGUUUUAUUACAGCUGGUAGAGAAGAUGUUGAUGUUAGAUGCCUUGGAUUGGGUCGGCCAUUCGCAAUUGAAAUUAGCAACUAUGAAUUAUUACCGUCACAAAUUAUUCAACAAUGGUCUGUUAACGAUAAACUUGCCGUAGAAUGUAAUGAAAAUGAACCAUUGGAUUUAUUGAAACUUGCAUCGUUUGUCAAUUCGACAACUCAGGGUCGAGUGUUUAUACGUGAUUUACAGUUAGUCUCGUCAAAAUCUGCUACAGCCGCAUUAAAAUUAGGUGAAAUGCACAAAGCCAAAUGUUAUCGAGCUGUUUGUUGGUGUCCUCAUGGUGGAAUUAAAACUGAAUUACUUAUGAAAAUGUUACAGUAUACCACUUUGUUAAAUCGAACAAAUGAAAAUCUUGAUCAUGUUAACAUCAUUCCUUGGCCUCCUAAUAAAACAGAUUCUAUGAAAUAUGGGAAAAUUUAUUUUGGUCCACUGGAUAUUAAUCAACUUACACCUAUACGUGUAUUGCAUAGAAGACCAUUGUUAAAUCGUAAAAGAACCAUUUACCAUUUAUGUUUCAUGUCUUAUGUGGAAACAAUAAAAUCUAAUAUUUUCGAGUUCGAUGACUUUAAAUCAUGGUCAAAACUAUAUCCAGAAGAUGAACUGUUCAUAUUAGAAAUUCGUUGUGAAGCUGGCACCUAUGUGAAAGAACUUGUUCAUGGAGAUCUUGGCCGAUGUAAUCCUAGUUUAGCAAGUAUAUUUGGUUGUCAAUUAGAUAUAUUAGCGUUGGAUGUAAUUGGUGUUGAACUUGACUGGCCUACACGUCUUAAAGAUCCUAUACUCAAUUAA